AUGGGUUCAUCUCAAGUCGACCCUGGCUGGUUGCCGCCGGACAACAAGGCUGAAGCGAUUGAAGCCGGAGUGAUCAAGGAAGGCAUGAGUUAUGAAGAUCGGUUAUUCCACUACACCUACGCCACGCGGUACGACGAGCUACAUUUUCUUGAAUGGCGUCUGCUUCAGAGGAUCAACAUAUUCAACCUGCAGAACAAGCUGGCACGUUUGAAAGGCACUUAUUGGACAAAGCAACAAGUUUCAAACUCGGAGUCGGACGAACUGAGGAGCACCCUCCAUCAGUAUGGUGAGUAUCCUGCUGACCCAAAGGGCCCUGCUUCUUCUGAGCCUUACUCGAACAAACUGCUAGUCACGGCCAUCAAGGACUACGCGUUCAUGCAAACGCUGUGCGAACUCCCCGAGAGCCGGUCCUACGAGCGUCAACGCGACCUUGCCAUGGCAUUCCCCGGCAUCGCAGACCUUGACGGCGCACCCUACAACUCCCGCUACUGCACGCUCGCGGCGCCUCCUCCACUCAUACCAUCGGAUCCCAUCCGCCAAACUCUAAAUCGGUUCCUGCCCAAGCGGCUCACGUAUACCAAGCUUGAGAUGGAAGCCAACUUUGACGACUUCCUUGCGGGCAAACCCCCGUCGACCAUCUCGCCGUUUGUCGACAAAAUGACUCGCUUUAUCGUUGCCUUUACCGGUGGGGCUUCGCUCGUGGUACCAAUGCUCAUCAUGAGCCUGCCGUCCACGAACCAGACCAAAAGUCUCACUACCGUGUCGGUGGCCGUGACGCUCUUCGCGCUGUUGCUCUCCAUGGGCGUACGAACCGACAACUCUAACACGCUGGUCGCGACAGCUACCUAUGCCGCAGUGUUGGUCGUGUUCGUGGGGACGAGUUCUUGA